ACCAUGUGGAAGACAAUUCAGCUUCUGGUUCUGUUGUUAUGGAGCUACUUUGUUCCAGCCGGCCAGGCGUUAACAUUAUCGAACUAUGCCAUUGGAAACGUGAGUGCGCCAUGGAAUACGGAUAAAGUGCUACGUCUUGUGUUCGGGAAAGCGUCAAGCUUUCAGUGUUUCCUUAUCGUCAUAAGAGAUGGUUAUCUUCCAGACUCCUACUUCUCCCAGGUAUUUGGAUCUGGAGGCGAGGGAUCUCACGAGCUGGCGAUAGCGUUCUUUGAAGUACCAAAAAAUACAAGAACCGCCAACCUCCUUGAGUCGCACAUGGUGAACGUGGUGGAACAAGCUCGUUGGCUACGGCAAUCCUCUUGGUGUGUAACUGUGGUGGUCUUGAGUGACGAUCCCAUCUUCCUUGGUGCCUUCGCGGAAGCGUCUGACAAAAGUCGCAUGUUGGUGUGGGAAACGAGGCUGAUAGUGGUCACCAGAGUAACCAUGCCGCGGCUCCAGACGCUGCUGCAGGAUUACUGGACCUUCUCCAUGAUGAACACUAUGUUCCUAACACAGGAAGAAAAAUCCAUAUAUAGAUGGCAAGGAUACGUGCACAUUCCCUAUAGUCCAACAGGAGCUCAAGUGAAGAGGGUUGGGAGUUGGAGGCAGACUAAUAGCAUUCUUCUGGCAGAUAGUCAACUCUUCCCGGAAAAGUACAGGAGUUUCCAUGGGAUGGAUGUUAACAUGACGUGGUUCCCUUUACCACCCUAUUGGAUGCCUGUUUCUGAAUCUGCAUCGGAGAAAUACAAGGGAUCCAUCUUUACUGGAAGGGACGUCAUCAUCAUUGAAACAAUAGCUCAGGCACUCAACUUCUCCAUUCAUCCUCUUCCAUUCAGAGGAAUUGAAAAUACUCGAGAGGCUUUAAUCAGACCGAUCAAUCUGCCAAUCAUGCCACACAUGUUGAAGGAGUUCGACAUCACCUUUUUCUUGGAGCAGUCGACCUUGGCCUUCACCAUGGCCAAGCCUAUUCUCAAGCCGAACUGGCAGAGUUUGUUCUACCCGUUGCAGACCGAUGUGUGGGGCUAUGUCGCUGCAACAGUAGUCGUGGUCUUCAUGGUUCUUUUUUUGAUGGAAUCGGAAGGAGAGGACAAGAACCAAGGGCCGUGGCAGGUAAUGAAACAGGUAUUUGGGACGCUGCUGGACGAGGCCAUCCAUGGGGAGUUACCGCAGAGGAGCACAACGCGUCUGGUGUUGGCAGCAUGGAUGAUCUUCGCCUUCAUUGUGGGAACAGUUUAUCGCAGUAACUUGACUGCCUGUCUCACGGUGCCCACGUACCCGAGACGCGCGGAGGACCUCGCUGAUCUUUUUCACAUGGGUGUCAAAAUCACAGUUUUACCUGAGAUGGUAAUGUUUCACAAAAAUUUCAAAGAAUCUGGAUCUGAGGUGCUCGAAGCCUUGGCAGACAGUAUGAAUUAUGUUCCGACAUCUGUAGAAGGUUUACAUCAGGCCAUUACAAAAAACAAAGCAUAUUUGUAUGAACGAUUACACAUGGAGCUGAAGGUUGCAGAACACUUCACCAACGAUGACGGAUCAACACCUCUUUAUGUGACGCAAAGGAACUUCAUGUCUGGUUACAGCACCUUCAUUUUGGUCCGCAAUACUCCUUUCAAAGCCAACCUCGACCGCUGCAUUUUGGCAUUUCACGAAGCCGGACUGAUCAGAGAAUGGACAGCAGGUGUGAUGGCGACGAAAAAAAGAGAAAUUAAAAAAAGCAAAGGGAAAUCAGAGAUGGAGGCAAAAGAUGAAGAGGAAAAGAAAGAGAUUUUAGCCUUAACCCUAACGCACAUGCAAGGGCCUUUCCUCCUGCAAUCAGGUGGCAUCAUAGUAUCGCUCGUUACUUUUCUUCUUGAAACUGCUUCAGUGUUCAGUCCCACGAAUAUCUUUCUAGGGCUCUGGAAAAAGCUCCCUUUCAGAGGUCACCCAUAAAAAGGAAUUUACCAGCAUCAUAUAUGUGUGUGUGUGUGUGUGUGUGUGUGUGUGUGUGUGUGUGUG